CUCUCUCCUCACAGUUAAAGCACAAGCAGCAGCUGAAAGAGCUCUGCUGGGGAAAACCCAGGAACUCCUCAGCGGGUUGAAGGGAAGUGUCUUGCAGGAACCUGCACCCAGAUUCUCUUGAACCAGCAUGGCCGGCCUUCAGGACAACACUCUAAGGAUCGUUCUGGUGGGAAAAACUGGAUGUGGGAAAAGUGCGACAGCAAACACCAUCCUUGGGAAAAUAGCAUUUGAUUCUAAAAUUGCUUCUGGGUCUGUUACCGAGAAAUGUCAGAAAGAAGAGAGGGCCUGGAAGGGGAGGAAGCUUCUUGUUGUAGACACCCCCGGGCUCUUUGACACUGAGAAGGCACUAUCGACCACCUGUAGGGAAGUCAGCCAGUGUGUUCUCUACUCCUGCCCCGGGCCUCACGCCAUCAUCCUGGUUGUACCUCUGGGCCGCUUCACAAAGGAGGAACAAAAAACGGUAGAAUUGGUCAAGGCCAUCUUUGGGAAGCCAGCCAUGAAGCACAUGAUCGUCUUGUUCACUCGGAAAGAAGAAUUGGAAGGUCAGGAGCUGAGUAGCUUUUUAGAAUAUGCAGAUGAACGCCUAAAAACCAUCAUGAGGGAGAGUGGGAAUCGCUGCUGUGCCUUCAACAACAGAAGUGCAGAUGAGGCUGAGAAGGAAGCUCAAGUGCAGGAGCUGGUGGGGCUGAUCGAGGCAAUGGUGCAGGAGAAUGGAGGGGCUCACUUUUCUGAUUCCAUCUACAAGUACACAGAGAAAACAUGGAAACGUGUGGAAGAGGCACUGAACAAAAUUGCUGCUCGACGAGCAGCUAAGGAAAAAAAGGUAAAAGAGGAAUAUGAUCGAGGAGAGAUAUCAAAGCAAAAAAUGGAGGAACAAAUGGCAUCCAUAAAAGAGCAAUAUGAACACAAAAUGAAAACUGUAAGGGAAGAAGGUGAAGGAAAUAUAUUUAAAGGUAUUUUCAAAAGGAUUUCAGGUAUGCUUUCAAGUAUACGGCAUAGGUUCUGGGACUGAUGCAAAUUUUAUUUUUUCUUCUUAAUUACUGUGAUUUGUCAAUGUGGUAGAUUGUAUUUUCCCAAACUGGCUAUAACGAUAUCUGCUACCCCAGCUCUGCUUCUUGUACUCUGAACCAUUGCUCCUUCUGUUGGGUGAAGGGGACUGUGUCCCCUCCUUGAAGUUCCAUGGACUCUGUGACUGCUUUGAUGAGUAGUGGCUGGUCUGACUUCUGAAGUUAGACAGGGACAGUGUCACCUUGCUCUCUGCGGUAGGUGCCCUUGGAACAUGGCCCCUGUGCUGUGAGAAGCCCAUGUUGCCCAAUGGAGAGGCCCCAGGAAGAGGACUGGAAUCCUGGCCCUAUCCCCUGGCUGCUCUUCUGUC